AUGUUCCAGAGGACAUGGUGUUCUUACAUUGUGGUCUGCGCGUGUCUUUUGGCCAACUGUGAAGCGGAAGUGGUCAAUCUGGCCGCAUUUUUGACUGCCAUGAAGGCUGCCAAGCAGAAGGGUCCUGGAGAGACAAAGCAUUUCAAGAAGGUAAUCAAGGCCCAGCUGGCUAAUGCUCUCAAAGAAGACCUAGAUCAUCUUCCCAUUGCACCCAAGAAACAAAACCUGCUGGACAUAAAUUUAAUUCCGCCCCUAAUAAACCCGUCAGAAUUUCAUACUCCAAACAUUCAUUUCUUGCGCAUGAUAGAUGUUCCAGACUCUUUGGCCAAAGGGGUCUCACAUGUCUUUAAUUUAAUCUUGUCUCAAAUAUACCUGUCUAAAGAAGAAUACGUGAAGCACAUACUAGUUGCUGGAGGAGAUGUUGGAUCAAAUCUGUUGGUUGAAAGCCUGUGUGGGAAGCUCAGCCCCUCGAUUGACAGAGUAGAAGAUCUUUCAGGGGUCCUCUCAAUAUGUGGAGUGGUGCACACAACAUGGAGCUUUGGCAAGGGCAUAUGGGCCUUACACGGGGGGAAUUCCGACAACAGCAAAGAUAGUGCUGUCUGGUGUUCUUCAUUUGAAUUGGGAGGUGAUUAUACCAAGUCUUUUGCAUCCCAAGAGUUCAACUUUAUUAUGAGAUCAAUGCAAAUAGUGCAUAAGGCAAAUCUAGUUUGUUCCUUAGUGAUUGAGUCAUUAGGUGACAUGGAUAUGACCACCACAUGGGGCUGCAGACAAGUUCUUGAGACGGUUUGGUGCUGUUAUUUCAAAGCUAUGGCUAUUGAAGAAGCCCGCUGUUUGAAAAAGUCCAAAUUGUACAACCUCAUGAUUUGCUUGAGAGACUUUGGUACCAUUGUGGAUUUGCAUGAGACCACUUGUGCCGGAGACAUAGGCUGUCUAACGGCCAUGUGGAAGUGCUGGUCCAUUAUGACCCAGGGGGUCACCAGUCUGUCACACUAUGGACAACAUAUUCCUUGUAUGGUGUUCCUUUUAGAAGAGGACCUUCUGGUGCCUCUAGCCCAUGUCAUUAAGCACUCAAGCCUCAUUCCUUCCACAGAUAGGGACAACCACUGGAUGCCCAUUGAUGAGUACCAGGAGAUUCAUAUAUUUUAUCUCAAACAGGUUUAUGAUAGCACUGUCAGUCGUGUUGGACACAUUGUGCUUUAG